ACUCAAUGACCCGUCAAAAAAAUGUCGGGCGGUAAUCCAGGUAAGUCCUCCCACCAUAGCUCCGCCUUGGCACUGCCGGACAGUCAACUCGUCAGAUAGUUAUGUUUCGAGCCGCAGCGCGCAUGUGACCGGUCCGCCCAUUACGAUGAAGUGUUUGUGCCUGUUAGUGCUUUUUCUGUGUUUGCGGUGCGAAUGUGCCGGCAGCAAGCCGCGCAGAGGACGCGGCAGCAUGUGGUGGGGCAUAGCUAAAGCAGGGGAACCAAAUAAUCUAUCACCACUAUCCCCUGGAGUUCUUUAUAUGGACCCAGCGGUCCACGCGACGCUAAGGCGGAAGCAAAGAAGACUAGCCAGAGAAAACCCUGGGGUUCUAGCAGCAGUUGCUAAAGGAGCAAACAUGGCGGUAACAGAAUGCCAACACCAGUUUAAAUACAGAAGGUGGAACUGCUCCACCAGAAAUUUCCUGAGAGGGAAGAAUCUAUUCGGCAAAAUUGUAGAUAGAGGGUGUCGAGAAACAGCGUUCAUUUACGCGAUCACCAGCGCGGGCGUAACACAUGCAGUAUCACGAGCAUGCGCCGAAGGUUCCAUAGAAUCUUGCACGUGUGAUUAUUCGCACGUCGACCGCGCCCCCCAUCGCUCAAGAGCCGCUGCUGCCGCCAACGUUCGCGUCUGGAAAUGGGGGGGAUGCAGUGAUAACAUUGGCUAUGGUUUCAAGUUCAGCAGGGAAUUUGUUGACACGGGCGAGAGAGGCAAAACUUUAAGAGAGAAAAUGAAUCUACAUAACAACGAGGCUGGGAGAAUGCACGUGCAAACGGAGAUGCGGCAGGAAUGCAAAUGCCACGGGAUGUCUGGCUCUUGCACGGUUAAGACCUGUUGGAUGCGGCUUCCAAGUUUCCGUUCGGUCGGCGACUCAUUGAAAGACCGCUUCGACGGGGCAUCGCGAGUGAUGGUGUCUAACACGGACCUUGAAACGCCAGUGCAGCGAAACGACGCAGCCCCACACAGAGUUCCUCGCAGGGAUCGAUACAGAUUCCAACUGCGACCGCACAACCCCGAUCACAAAUCACCGGGAGUCAAAGACCUCGUCUACUUGGAAUCGUCGCCUGGUUUCUGCGAAAAGAAUCCCCGGCUGGGUAUACCCGGCACCCACGGGCGUACUUGCAACGACACGAGUAUCGGAGUGGACGGCUGCGACCUCAUGUGCUGCGGCCGCGGUUACCGGACUGAGACCAUGUUCGUAGUGGAACGGUGCAAUUGUACAUUCCAUUGGUGUUGUGAAGUGAAAUGCAAAUUGUGUCGCACGGAAAAAGUGGUACACACAUGUUUAUAGGUGCGUUAAUCACGAGUCACGUGUGAAUGAACACUUAGUGCCUCCAGCCAGUGACUCUAAAAAGACUUAUGUACAGAGACUGAUCGUUUGACUUAUGUAAAUAACUGUUUGUAACGGAAUAAUUCUAAUUUAUCCGAAAUUAAAAUAUCCGAGAAAUUUUCUCAACAAAUAAUGUGAUCUAGUAUUUUUACACUGACGUUCAGAGACUAAUGAGACCAGUUUAGUGCGAUUUAUAUCUUUAAAUUUUGUCAUCUAUUUACAAUGUUCGGACUGGACUUAUUGGUGUCCUAACAUGGUGAGCGCUUUACUUGAGUAAUUGUUAAUCGAAUUGAUAAUUUUAAGACUACUUUAAAUGGUAUUUCUUAAUAUCAUUUCAAAGUUUUUAAUUUAUUCCUAAUGUUAUGUUAUACUUUAGUAAAACAUAAAUAAUAAUUUCGAACCAUAUUUUCGUUCAAUUUAUAAUUUAGUGUCGAGUAUAUCGCGUUAACCGUUUUAAGACAGGAGCGAAAUUAUCUUGUAAUUAUAAUUUUAUAUUAAUUGUGGAUUUAUUUACGUGAGAUUGCGUCUUAAGUGCAUUAACAUAAAGUGGCUUCUUGGGUGUUCAGAGAUGAAGCCGCCCUUAUCAGUGAAUAAGUAGCACCAUCGUAAAAGUGUCCCAUAUUACGAGAUAAACGCUCCCGAGAAUUUUAAUUAAAUAUUAAAAGAAUUAAAUAAUCAGUAUUAUAAUAUUGUGUGCGUGCAGCGUCCAUACAAAGAUAAAGAACGGAGCCGGACAGUUAUAGAUCUUAAACAGUUUAUUUAUUAAAGCAUGUUUAUGAACUUAUACUUUCUGAAAGGUUUCCAUUCUAAAAGUGCAUGUCAGGUACGUAUCAGCCUGUCAAAUGUUUGACACACCAAAUGACGGCAUUUUAUUGGUCAUUAGUGUUUAGAUAUUCUAAUAGAGACAUUUGACAGACUGUCAUUCAGUUAACAAACUGUUGAUUAGGAAAAGGCGCAAAGCUUUUAACACGGCUAUGGACUACCUUCGAUAAAAUAUUCAUAAUUUAUAUGACUUAAUAGGUAAACAGGUUUUUGAUCUGUCAACAGUUUGUUGCUAAUUUAUAAUCGUGAAUGAUACGAUGUGAUAAUUAUAUUGUAUUAUUAGGUUAAUAAAUUUAGCUGAAAUUCAAUUUUUUAAGUAUUUAUUACAUUUUAAUAAGUGUUUCAAUCAGAUAUGAAUUAUGUCAAAAGACUGAACUCAUUUUAGCAACAUUCGUUCGUUAUUUUUAAUCUUAGUUUUAAAACAGAAUGUGAUAACUAUAUUUUAAAAUUAGAAUUUCGAAUCUACAAAUCAUUCUCGGCUUAUGAUUGGUCGAUAUUUGACAGACCGAUGACAGCUAACAGUUUUAAUUUUAGGUGCAUGUAAAUAAUAUUUUACCUUAUUAUUAAGUUAUUUAUGUGAAUGUAGCAUUUUAAUUGUAAUUAUUAGUGUAUUAAAAUCAGCUGAACUUAACUGAAUCUCAGGUCUUUAUGAUGAAUUGAAAAUUGAUACGUGAACGAUUGACCCAUUUAAUUAUGUAAAUACUAUUUAUGAUUUAAAUUUUCAUUAGUCGUUACUGAAAAUACAAAAUUGAUCU